ACAAGCUGUUCAAUCGCUCCGCUCAUCAUGUCCCGUUGCAGGCUUUGGGUUGGCAUCUUAUUGUUCCAACUUUUAUCCCGGGCCCCGCUCUUUGCUGAAACUGUACUGGAUCCGAAAGCUGCGGCGCAGAACAACGACAGUGGGCACUGGGACUCGAUAGCUUCCAGCCAGCCCGAGUCCAAAGCUAUGCAGCCGGUGUGGGAACCCGAGGAGAAUGAGAGUACAGGCGCCGCCACACUUAAGAUCUUCUCCAUUGAAUAUCACCACGUCCAGGUCCCCUUUGAGAUAACACUAUGGAUUAUGUUAGCAUCGCUGGCAAAAAUAGGUUUUCAUCUCUACAUCAAACUUCCUUCAAUUGUGCCUGAAAGCUGCCUGCUCAUAAUUGUGGGCCUGAUAAUGGGAGGAAUAAUCUAUGGAGUGAAUGAAAGGUCUGCACCUGUUAUGAGCACCGAUGUCUUCUUCCUUUACCUGCUGCCACCCAUCGUACUGGACGCAGGCUAUUUUAUGCCAAGUCGGCCUUUUUUUGAGAACAUUGGAACGAUCCUUUGGUAUGCAGUUGUGGGAACCAUGUGGAAUGUUUUUGGAAUUGGCUUGUCCCUCUAUGGGAUUUGCCAGAUUGAAUCGUUUGGCCUGAAGGAUAUUUCCCUUCUCUACAACCUGUUGUUUGGCAGCUUGAUUGCGGCAGUGGAUCCAGUGGCAGUCCUAUCUGUAUUUGAAGAGAUUCACGUAAACGAGCAGCUGCACAUUCUAGUUUUUGGUGAAUCACUGCUCAAUGAUGCUAUCACGGUGGUGUUAUACAAAUUGUUUAAGACUUUCUGCACCAUGCCCUCGAUUGGAGUGUCUGAUAUUUUGAUUGGAAUUAUUAAGUUCUUUCUUGUGGGAUUCGGAGGUUUACUUGUGGGCGUUAUUUAUGGAGUCAUUGCAGCCCUUACCACUCGCUUCACAGAGAAUAUCCGCGUGAUUGAACCUCUAUUCGUAUUCUUGUACAGCUAUUUGUCAUAUUUGACUGCCGAAAUGUUGCACUUCUCUGGCAUUGUGGCAAUAAUAGCUUGUUCAAUGAGUAUGAAACGAUAUGUGGAGGCUAAUAUUUCUCAGAAGUCUCACACUACAAUCAAAUACUUCAUGAAGAUGUGGAGCAGUGUGAGUGAGACCCUCAUCUUUAUUUUCCUCGGUGUUUCUACUAUUGGGGACAAGCACGAGUGGAGCUGGCCCUAUGUAUGUUUCACAAUGCUAUUUUGCCUUGUCUGGAGAGCUGUUGGAGUCAUUUUCCUGACAUUUAUUGUGAAUAAGUUCCGUGUGAAUAUGGUAACAAGGAAGGACCAGUUCAUCAUAGCCUAUGGUGGAUUGCGGGGGGCAAUAUGUUUCUCCCUUGUUUUCUUACUUCCAAACUUCCCUCAGAAGAAACUUUUCACCACCGCCACAAUAGUCGUAAUCUUUUUCACAGUCUUUGUUCAGGGCAUGACAAUUAAACCACUGGUUGAGUUACUGGAAGUUAAAAGAACAAGCCAAGCCCCUCCAACUGUCAGUGAGCAGAUUCACAUCCGGUUCUUGGACCAUUUGUUGGCAGGAAUCGAGGACAUCUGUGGACAUUGGGGCCAAUAUUACUGGAAAGACAGAUUUGAAAAUUUCAACAACAAAUAUCUGAACAAGAUCUUUAUCAGAGAGGAACACCUUUCCAAAUCCAGCAUUGUUGUUUUAUACCAGAAGCUGGAGAAGAAACACGCCAUUGAGCUGGCUGAGGCAGGUCAGCUGGCAGGUGCACCAUCCCUGGCCUCUCUCCACGGUGAGAAAACAAUGGAAGUAUCCAAAAGCCCAGUGCCUCCAGAAGAACUUGAUAACAUCCAGGAGCUCUUGAUAAGAAACCUUUAUCGAAUUAGGCAAACGAUGCAGUCCUACAGCAGACACACCUUGCCCCAAGGGAAAAACUCAAACCAGGCGAAAGAGAUUUUUCUGCGCCGUCAAGAGAGUUUACUGAAAGAUGAUGUUAUUCUAAAUCCUGUAAAGAGGAGGUCGGUUUGUUUAGCUGAUGAGUCACAAAAGAAAGGCAAACUAGCUCGAUCCCUUACAGUUGGUGGAUAUGGAGGGAGUAAAAACAGUUCAGAGGAUCAACGUCUAAAGUUACCCAAGUCCAUUUCAGUGACACCUCAGCAGCCCAGCACCACAGAGUGGAUCAAUGAGGAGGAAUCAGAGAACCUACAGAGUUCUGAUGAAAAGGAAAUAAAUCAGAUAGGAAGGGAUCAGAAUGAAAUUAACAUGGAAAACAAAAAGUCUGGGCUAAAAUUAAAGCUCAGAUUUGCUCCUCAGACUACAAUUGAAAAUGGAUUGUCACAGAAUGAAAUCAGCAAUGGUAGGAGACUGCCCCAUGCACCUCCAUUAACCCGACAGUUUUCUGAGCAAAUCAGUGACAGAGAGCCAACACAGAAUGAAUAAAAGAGAAUGUAACAUUGAUUCAAGAGUUGAUGUGAGUAUUCUACAUUCAACCUUACCUUAAAAACAGUCGCUUUUCUAUAUAGGAUUUUCUAGCAUUACAUUACACUGUUGGCAAUUAGUGGACUAGUGUCACUAGCUCUCUCUCUGGAACGGCAAGGCAGAGUCAACUGUACAGUAGCUGGCAUAUUGGCUCAUACAACUGAAACUCAUUCAGUGGAUAAAAUUAUUUUAAUAAUCAAACUAAUAUCUGUAUAACAUCAUGAUGAAUAUAAGUUUCAAAAUGCAUGGCCAAAAAGCAGUUAACUGGAAACAACUCUUUAUGAUACAAAUAUCUGUAAGACAUUACUUUGCAUGCUGCUUUAAUAAAGAUCAUAAUAUAGGGUAACAACAUAAUUAAAAUGAACGUUAAAAGGAAGUCACAUUAAGACAUUGGCAUUGAAAUCUAUUCUUGGUCACUUGUGCAUUAUAAUCCACUUAGAAAGGUUUAUUUAAUUGGUUCUAGUCAAACUACAUUUCCAAAGUGAAGUGGAAAGGACAGGCAUUAAAACAUUGCAUAGGCAAAGCAGAAGGACUUUCUACCUUUUCAAGUCUUUAUGCACAAAUACCAUCAAUUUCCAACUUCCAGGCUAAUGGCUCUCCAGUUUUGUAAACUGCCAUUUACCGUUUGAAAAUCUUAUCACCAUAAACUUCCAAUAGUAAGGGAGAAGUUAUAUCUCACCACUUUAAUCAGUUGGUGUAGCAAAUAUGCUGUACAAUUAGUCAUUAUUACCUUGUCUGAGCCUGCUUGAAACUUUGUAGAGGCAAUUAAAUAAAUGUGAUUGCAAAUGGCUUCACUCAUCCAGAUGUCCAAGGCUUUCAUCUAUUGACAUUAUCUCACAAAGAGGAUGAAUUCUUAAGUUCCUACAGUGAGGCUGUCAGAUUCCAAAUCAAUCUGAUGAGCUGCCACACUAUGAACAUGAAGCAUUGUGCACUUUAUAAAUGUAAUGACAAGUCUGGGACAGAGGUAACAUCCUCUCUAAUAUUUGUUGUAUAUAUAUCUCGUUCACAUUACUGUUCUUGGACUAUUGAACACUACAACUCUGAUUCAAAUAUGCCUUCCAUCUUGUGGACUUCCCUGCUGAAAAGCAUUUUGAAAGUGGAAGGUAGUGCAAUAUUAAACAUUUGUAUAUCAUCUCAUGUACUAAUGUGUUAUAAUGUAACUAUGUACUGUAUAUAUAACAUACCAUAUGGUAUUGUAACUGUAUUGUACAUAUAGCUGAUUUAUCACAAGCUUUUAAUUAAUUGUAUGUAUUGUAUAUAUAGAUAUCUGAUAACUGGCUAGAGAUCCAUUUUGUUGUUGUGAGAAAUAAA